GAAAAAGAAAAAAUAAUUGCAUAUAUCUCCUCUUUUUUUCUCUCUUUCUCUCGCUAGUCUCGAACGGAGAAAGGAGAAACGAGAGAACCUAAACCGGAGACAUGGUGUCCACGCGACGGAGUGGAUCUCUCUCCGGCAACACUAACAAGCGAUCUUCACCUUCGGAGGACAAGCCUCCCUCGCCCAAGCGUCAAAAGGUUGACAACAGUGGUGCUGCUUCAGAGAAGGCGGCGCCGGCGGUGGAUAAUUCGAAGGAAUUCUGUGCGACAGCAUCAGGGGCUGAUCCCGUGGAAUGUGGUUCCGGAGAUCCUCCCAUUUCCGGCGGUGCCUCUGGGGAAGCGGUGAAUUCUGGGAAGGACGAGGCGGCUUUGGCGGCUCCGGUCUCGGCUCCGAUCGCUGAGGGGACUUCGCCGAUUGUGGUGGAUAAGCCGAGGAGUUCUUUCUCGUCCUGGAGUGUUUAUCAGAAGCAGAACUACGAGACUUCGAUGCCCUGGUGUAAGCUUCUUUCGCAAUUUUCACAGAACCCUAAUGUUUCCAUUGGUGUUAUCAAUUUCACCAUUGGGUCAAGUCGACAUUGUAAUUUUCCCUUGAAGGAUCAAACUAUCAGUCCAAUUUUGUGCAAGAUUAAGCAUAGUCAGCGUGAAGGCAGUGCUGUAGCAGUGCUAGAGAGUUCGGGUAGUAAGGGUUCGGUGCAGGUUAAUGGGACUUUCAUCAAGAGGGGUACCAGCUGUGUCCUUAACUCAGGGGAUGAGGUGGUCUUUGGUUUGCUGGGGAACCAUGCUUAUAUUUUCCAGCAACUUGUGACUGAGGUUGCUAUUAAGGCACCUUCUUCAGGUGCUACGGGUGCUGAGGUUCAGAGUAGUGUGGGAAAAUAUCUGCACGUUGAAAGGAGGUCAGGGGAUCCUUCAGCUGUUGCUGGGGCAUCCAUAUUGGCAUCUCUUUCAAGCCUGAGGCAAGAUUUAUCGCGUUGGAAGUCUCCGCCUCUCACCACUGGCAAAACCCAGCAAGGGACUGAACUGCCUCCUCAUCCUAUUAUUCAUGAUAGUCCGGAGGUGGAGUUCAAUGGUCUGGAAGGGAAUUCGACUGCAAAUGGUGGGAGUGAUAAAGCUGCUGACAUUGCAGCAGUCAGCAAGAACCUUUCUCUCGACUGCAACCAGGACUCUGGUGCAGAGGCAGGCAAUGUAAAAUUCUCUGGGAUGAAUGAUUUGGUCUUGAAGAUGUUUGCUCAAUCAACUAGUUGUAACCUGGAAUUGAGCAAAAGUAUCUUUAAACAGGUAUUGGAAGAAAGAAACGAGUGGACAAGGGAUUCGCUGCCUGCAUCCACAUCAGGUAUGUCUCUGCGGUGUGCAGUUUUCAAAGAAGACAUUCACGCAGGAAUUCUUGAUGGCAAAGAGAUACAAGUUUCAUUUGAUGAUUUCCCAUAUUAUUUAAGUGAAAAUACGAAGAAUGUUUUGAUUGCUGCCUCAUUUAUACACCUGAAGCACAGAGAACAUGCAAAAUUUACAUCAGAGCUUACUACUGUGAACCCAAGAAUUUUGCUUUCUGGUCCGGCAGGGUCUGAAAUAUAUCAGGAGAUGUUGGCGAAGGCACUUGCUAAUUACUUUGGAGCUAAAUUGCUUAUAUUUGAUAGCCAUUCGUUUUUGGGUGGUUUAUCUUCAAAGGAAGCAGAGCUGCUAAAAGAUGGAUCUAAUGCAGAAAAAUUCUGCAGCUGUACCAAACAAAGUUCUGGGUCCACUGAACUGGCUAAGAAUAUGGCUUCUUCAGCUGGUGAAGCAGAUACACCCAACAUUGCAAAUGCACCGAUUUCUUGUGAGCUGGAAUCUCAACCAAAGCUGGAAAAUGACACUGUACCCUCUUCUUCUGGGACAACUAAGAAUCACUUGUUUAGAAUAGGUGACAGAGUCAGAUUCAUGGGUUCAGCUUCUGGUGGAUCAUAUUCAGCAGUUUCUGCUUCAAGGGGCCCGACAUUUGGAAUCCGUGGAAAGGUUCUAUUACCUUUUGAAGAUAAUCCUUUGUCAAAAAUUGGUGUAAGAUUUGACAAACUCAUAACAGAUGGGGUUGACCUUGGGGGUCUCUGCGAGCCGGGUUAUGGAUUCUUCUGCAAUGUUAAUGAUCUUCGUUUGGAAAACACGGGUGUGGAAGAUCUGGACAAGUUACUCAUUAACACAUUGUUUGAGGCUGUAUACAGUGAGAGCAGAGACUCUCCUUUCAUUUUGUUUAUGAAAGAUGCUGAGAAGUCUAUUGUCGGAAAUUCAGAGUCAUAUUCAAUGUUUAAAAGCAGACUCGAAAAACUUCCAGAUAAUGUCGUCAUAAUUGGUUCCCAUACUCAUACUGACAAUCGCAAGGAAAAGUCACACCCUGGUGGUUUGCUCUUCACAAAAUUCGGUAGCAACCAAACUGCUCUUCUUGACUUGGCUUUCCCGGAUAGCUUUGGGAGACUGCAUGACAGGGGGAAGGACGUUCCCAAGACAACAAAGCUUCUAACAAAGCUUUUCCCCAAUAAAGUGACCAUUCACAUGCCACAGGAUGAGGCACUUCUUGCAUGUUGGAAGCAUCAAUUGGACCGGGAUUCUGAAACUCUUAAAAUGAAGGGAAAUUUGAAUCAUCUUCGCACUGUUCUGACUCGGAGUGGGAUGGAAUGUGAUGGACUUGAGAAAUUGUGCAUCAAGGACCAAACACUUACAAAUGAAAGUGCGGAGAAGGUAGUUGGAUGGGCUGUGAGCCAUUAUCUAAUGUCAAAUCCUGAAGCUGAUGCUGAUACAAGGCUGGUUUUGUCUAGUGAAAGUAUCCAGUAUGGAAUCGGAAUUCUUCAGGCUAUUCAGAAUGAGUCUAAGAGCUUGAAGAAGUCACUCAAGGAUGUUGUAACAGAAAAUGAAUUUGAGAAAAGGCUUCUAGCUGAUGUUAUUCCACCAUCUGACAUUGGGGUCACAUUUGAUGAUAUUGGGGCCCUGGAAAAUGUCAAGGACACAUUGAAGGAGUUGGUGAUGCUUCCACUACAAAGGCCUGAACUUUUUUGCAAGGGGCAAUUAACCAAGCCUUGCAAGGGCAUACUUCUAUUUGGCCCCCCUGGAACAGGCAAGACAAUGCUUGCUAAGGCUGUUGCUACUGAAGCUGGUGCAAACUUCAUCAAUAUUUCAAUGUCAAGCAUCACAUCUAAGUGGUUUGGAGAGGGCGAGAAGUAUGUGAAGGCCGUUUUCUCACUUGCCAGUAAAAUUGCUCCUAGUGUUGUAUUUGUGGAUGAAGUUGAUAGCAUGCUGGGCCGGAGGGAGAAUCCAGGGGAACAUGAGGCCAUGCGUAAGAUGAAAAACGAAUUUAUGGUCAACUGGGAUGGCUUGCGCACAAAAGAUACCGAAAGGGUUCUGGUGCUUGCAGCCACAAAUAGACCUUUUGACCUUGAUGAGGCUGUUAUUAGAAGGUUGCCGCGUAGGUUGAUGGUGAAUUUGCCAGAUGCUCCAAAUAGAGCAAAGAUUCUAAAAGUGAUACUGGCAAAAGAGGACUUGUCUCCUGAUGUUGAUUUGGAUGCAGUUGCAAGUAUGACUGAUGGAUAUUCCGGAAGUGACCUUAAGAAUCUUUGUGUAACUGCUGCACAUCGUCCUAUCAGAGAGAUACUGGAAAAAGAAAAAAAGGAACGAGCUGCAGCACAAGCCGAGGGCAGACCUCCUCCAGCUUUGAGUGGGAGUGCUGAUAUUCGACCUCUAAACAUAGAUGACUUUAAAUAUGCUCAUGAACGGGUUUGCGCUAGCGUUUCAUCCGAGUCAGUAAACAUGACUGAGCUAAUACAAUGGAAUGAACUUUAUGGAGAAGGGGGUUCUAGAAGAAAGAAGGCUCUCAGCUACUUCAUGUGAAAGCUUCCCCAUUGUACAAAUGGUUCUCUUUUCUUCCUCAAUUCUCUACUCCUCAUAGAGCCCCAAGCAGAAGUAAUGUUGCCACCACCCCGCUCUUUGGGCUCACCGGGGAGCCAUUUUGUCUGUAAUAUUAAGUAUAGUUCUUCUUCUUCUAAAUGUUGUAUUUAAGUUAGCGUGGGAUGGUCGGUAUAAGGGGAGCGGGGCCUUCCAAAGAAAGUCAAGAGUUUGGCAUGGCUUCACCGCUUUUGUUUUGUUUUGUUUCCCAUCCCCUUGUUGAGCCUGUGCUUUAAAAUCUAAAUUAUCAAUAGGAAAAAGAUGAGGAAUAAUUCAAAGACA